AAAAUGAAAUCGCGGCACGUGCGUUUGAGUGGCAAUGUGCUGUUGUGCCUGCUCUGCGCUUUAUUAGCAAUGAAAAUUGAGCCGCUAGCUGCAUGUGAGGAAGGUGCCAUGUUGGCCAAGGCAGACGACUGCGCUGCCUACUUGCAGUGUCUAGAUGGCGAGCUGUUGUACUUUGAGUGUCCCAGCGAGAGUUACUACAAUGCAACAUACGAGGUCUGCGUGGUGGAUGAGCAUGGCCUGUGUACAGUCCAAGCAGCGGCAGCUGAGUGCACAGAGCUGGAGCUGGAGGACGAUCCCAAUGACUGUACUGGCUAUCAGCAGUGCAUCAAUGGCAGCUUUGUGAGCAUGAAAUGCAGCGAGGGCAGCUACUUCGACACCAACAGCUCAGCAUGUCAGAUCGAUGUGCACGGCGUUUGCCGCUCAUGCCUUGAGGGUCAAUUUAAGCAGCUGGAUGGCAAUUUGUGUGGCUAUUUGCUAUGUGUUGACUGCAGCUAUGUGGAGCGUAGCUGUGAAAGCGGCAGCUACUUUAAUGCCAGAAGCUUGCGCUGUGUGCCUGAUAAGCUGCAGCGCUGUGGAACUUGCUUAGAAGAUGCGCUGUUUGAGGAUCCAGAAGAUUGCGCAAGCUACAUGGUCUGCGUUGAUGGCGAGCUGCAGAAUAGAAUCUGCGCCUAUGGCAGCUACUUCAAUGCCAGCUCGCAGCGCUGUGAGGCGGAUCACAGUGGCAUUUGCAUACCUGCAACAGAAAUAUGUGAGGAAGGCGAUUUAGAGUCGGAUGAGUAUGACUGCGCUGCUUAUUUUGAAUGCAUUGAUGGCGACUUUGUGGCACAGCAAUGCGACAGCAGCAGCUACUUUAAUAGCAGCCUGGCUGCAUGUAUAACCGAUGAGCAACAUGUUUGCCGCACAUAAUUGAUCAUAAUUAUAUGUAACGAAUUAAUGGCAGAAGCUAUGCUAUCGAAUUGCCUAAUUAACGUUAAAUCAGCUG